AGGGCAGCACCUGUGGGACUUCAGGACCCCUCCUGGGUGAACACGGCAAGAUGAGCCUGGAGAACGACGACAAGCGAGCUCGGACCCGGUCCAAGGCUGCCCGAGCGCCCCCAGAGGCUGCAGGCGCUGACCUCAGCUGCCCCACCCCAGGAUGCACGGGCUCGGGACACAUCCGGGGCAAGUACUCCCGGCACAGAAGCUUGCAGAGCUGCCCUCUGGCCAAGAAGAGGAAGCUGGAGGGCGCGGAGGCCGAGCACCUGGGCUCCAAGCGGAAGUCGCACCCCCUGAAGCUGGCGCUGGACGAGGGUGACAGCCCGGACAGUGACGGCAGCGAGGAGGCCGAGGUGAAGGCCGCCUCUGUUUCUGAUGAAUCGGACGUUGCGCCGGAGGAGGACGGGCCCGCGGCACCAGGGCCGGGGGAGAGGCGCCGACCCGCGCCAGCUGCAGGAAGGAGCCCUGUCAAGGCUCACGUGGGGCCCCCCAGCCCCCUGCCAGGUGCCUCCAAGGGCAGCUACAGCAGCUACCAGGAAGUCAUCGCGAAUUCUCUCCUCAACCUGGGCCAGAUCGCGGAGGAGACCCUGGCUGGGGAGGACUCUGGCCUGGGGGCCAUGCCGGGGCCCCACCUUGGGCGCAUGGCUCAGGAGGAGGCCGAGGCAGCAGCCAGCAGCGACGAGGGGGGGACGGGCGCGUUUCUGCAGCCAGAGGAAGGGGAGGACAUGCUGGAAGUCACCAGGGAGCGUGCCCAGGAGCUGUGUCCCCCGUCCCUGGAGAGCUCAGCCAGCGAGGAGUCCAGCAAGCAGAAGAUCUCCCAGGAGGAGGAGGAGGAGGAGCAGGAGGAGCAGGAGGAGGAGGAGGAGGAGGAAGAGCAGGAGGAGGAGCAGGAGGAGGAAGAGGAGGAGGAGGAGCAGGAGGAAGAGCAGGAGGAGGAGGAGGAGCAGGAGGAGGAGGAGGAGCAGGAGGAGGAGGAAGCGACCUCUGACGUGAUCUGCCAGGAGGAUGCACCCCCUGGCCCCACCCUGAAGGCCCCAGAGCCCGGGCGCCCGGCCUCGCCCAGCCCCAGGCCCGGACACCCCGGCAUCCUGGAGGUGCACUCCGACGACAGCAAGGACGAGGACGCGCGCUCCCAGAAGUCCGCGCUCACCGACGAGUCCGAGAUGUACGACAUGAUGACCCGGGGCAACCUGGGCCUGCUGGAGCAGGCCAUCGCCCUGAAGGCCGAGCAGGUGCGCGCCGUCGGGGAGCCGGGCUGCCUGCCCGCCGAGCCGGGCCCGCUGGGCCCCGGUGAGCCCGGGAAGGGGGCGCGGCCCGACGCCGCGCGCAAGAGCUACUGCGGCAAAGAUCCCUCUAGAGCCGAGAAGCGCGAGAUCAAGUGCCCGACACCGGGCUGCGACGGCACCGGCCACGUGACGGGCCUGUACCCGCACCACCGCAGCCUGUCCGGCUGCCCCCACAAGGACAGGAUCCCCCCGGAGAUCUUGGCCAUGCACGAGAACGUGCUCAAGUGCCCCACCCCCGGCUGCACCGGCCAGGGCCACGUGAACAGCAACCGCAACACACACAGAAGUUUGUCUGGGUGUCCUAUUGCUGCUGCCGAAAAACUAGCCAAAUCUCACGAGAAGCAACAGCCGCCAUCCGGGGAGCCUUCCAAGAACAGCUCCAACUCCGACCGCAUCCUCAGGCCCAUGUGCUUUGUGAAGCAGCUUGAGGUGCCUCCUUAUGGGAGCUACCGGCCCAGCGUGGCCCCCUCCACGCCCAGGGCCAACCUGGCCAAGGAGCUAGAGAAGUUCUCCAAGGUCGCCUUUGACUACGCAAGUUUCGACGCUCAGGUUUUUGGCAAACGCAUGCUUGCCCCAAAGAUUCAGACCAGCGAAACCUCACCGAAAGCCUUUAAAUGCUUCGACUACGCGCACGACGCCGAGGCCGCACGCAUGGCCGCCACCGCCAUCCUCAACCUGUCCACGCGCUGCUGGGAGAUGCCCGAGAACCUCAGCACGAAGCCGCAGGACCUGCCCGGCAAGCCCGCGGACAUCGAGGUGGACGAGAACGGGACGCUGGACCUGAGCAUGCACAAGCACCGCAAGCGGGACGGCGCGGCGCCCGGGGGCGGCGGCAGCAGCAGCAGCAGCCCCGGCCUGAGGGCCGCGGACGCCUCCCAGCGCCAGGGCGGCGCCCCCGGCGGCUCCAGGGCCUCGCCCCCCUGCAGCCAGGCCUCGCGCCAGGAGGAGUGGGACCGGCCGCUGGACUACACCAAGCCCAGCCGCCAGCGCGAGGAGGAGCCGGAGGAGUCAGAGCCAGCAGCCCAUUCUUUUGCUUCUUCUGAAGCAGAUGACCAGGAAGUGUCGGAAGAGAGUUUUGAGGAGCGGAAGUACCCUGGGGACGUCACCCUCACCAACUUUAAGCUGAGGUUUCUCUCCAAGGAUAUGAAGAAGGAGCUGCUCACCUGUCCCACCCCCGGCUGUGACGGCAGCGGCCACAUCACCGGGAACUAUGCCUCCCACCGCAGCCUCUCUGGUUGCCCUCUUGCUGACAAGAGCCUCAGAAACCUCAUGGCUGCCCAUUCUGCUGACCUCAAGUGCCCCACGCCUGGCUGCGACGGUUCUGGCCACAUAACCGGGAACUACGCGUCACACAGGAGCUUGUCGGGCUGUCCGCGUGCCAAGAAGAGCGGCGCCAAGGCGGCCCCUGCGAAGGACGACAAGGACGACCCCGAGCUGAUGAAGUGCCCAGUCCCGGGCUGCGUGGGGCUCGGCCACAUCAGUGGCAAGUAUGCCUCGCACAGAAGUGCAUCUGGCUGCCCGCUGGCUGCCCGGAGGCAGAAAGAGGGCUCCCUCAAUGGCUCGUCCUUCUCCUGGAAGUCGCUGAAGAACGAGGGGCCCACCUGCCCCACCCCAGGCUGUGACGGCUCUGGCCAUGCCAACGGGAGCUUCCUCACCCACCGCAGUUUGUCUGGCUGUCCCAGAGCCACCUUUGCUGGAAAGAAGGGAAAACUCGCAGGGGAUGAAGUUCUCAGCACCAAGUUUAAGACAAGCGAUGUGCUGGAGAGCGACGAGGAGAUCAAGCAGCUGAACCAGGAGAUUCGCGACCUGAACGAGUCCAACUCGGAGAUGGAGGCUGCCAUGGUGCAGCUGCAGUCCCAGAUCUCGUCCAUGGAGAAGAGCCUGAAGAACAUUGAGGAGGAGAACAAGCUCAUCGAGGAGCAGAAUGAAGCCCUGUUCCUCGAGCUGUCAGGCCUGAGCCAGGCCCUCAUCCAAAGUCUUGCCAACAUCCGCCUUCCACACCUGGAGCCCAUCUGUGAGCGGAACUUCGACGCCUACGUGAGCGCCCUCACCGACAUGUACUCCAACCAGGAGUGCUAUCAGAACCCGGAGAACAAGGACCUCCUGGAGACCAUCAAGCAGGCCGUGAGGGGCAUCCAGGUCUAGGCCUGCCACGCUC